AUGGCCUCCCUGUUCUCUGGACACAUCCUAAUUCGAAACAACAGCAACCAGGAUGAGCUGGACACAGAGGCUGAGCUCAGCCGCCGGUUGGAGAACCGACUGGUGCUGUUAUUCUUUGGUGCUGGGACAUGCCUGCAGUGCCAGGCCUUCGUACCUGUCCUCAAAGACUUCUUUGUGCGGCUCACAGAUGAGUUCUAUGUGCUGAGGGCUGCACAGCUCGCCUUGGUGUAUGUGUCUCAGGACUACACAGAGGAGAAGCAGGACCAGUUCCUCAGAGACAUGCCUGAGAAGUGGCUCUUCCUGCCCUAUGAGGAUGACCUGAGGAGGGACCUCAGACGCCAGUUCUCUGCGGAGCGGCUACCCACGGUCGUGGUCCUGAAGUCAGACGGGGAAGUGCUCGUGAGCGACGCGACCGAGGAGAUCCGGCGUCUGGGCCCCGCCUGCUUCGCCAACUGGCAGGAGGCGGCGGAGGUGCUGGAUCGCAGCUUUCUGCCGCCCGAGGACCUGGACGACCCUGCACCGCGGAGCCUCACCGAGCCGUGGCGCCGCCGCAAGUACCGUGUGGACCGGGCGACGCGGAGCGCGGGCAGCAUCGGCCCCGUGGGGGGUGCCGGGGCCGCGGGACUGUUCUGA